ACCGCUUGGACUUUUCGUUCGCACAUUGAUGCACCGCCAUCACACCCAAUCCUCCCACCACCGCGUUUAAAGUAUUCAAAGCCCGCGGGUUUCGUCUAGCUCGCCGCCAUCAAAACAACAAUCUAGAGAGAGAGAGAGAGAGAGAGAGAGAGUCGGCAAUCGGCGUCGAAGUUACAGCCUUUCCAGCCGUUGUGCGGUGUAUUAGGGUUUCGUUUGAUCGUCACCGAACGCCGGCCCUCUUACGACAUGGACACUAAAGUGAUGCAGGGUAGUAUAUUGGCGCUUACUGAUAUGGCAGUUUUGCCUAUUAGUGCAGUUUUAAAUGCUAUUAAGUUGAUAAAGAAUGAAGGAGUGGAACAGUUUGAUCCUCUGAUCAUCACUCAAGCUUCAUUGCUAACUGAGCUGCCAAGAGAUUCCUCGUCAGUGGAUGUAAUCAUAUUUAUCUGUACAUCGUCUGAAUUUCCUGGUGAUCAAUUGUUUGGAGAAAUCUCACGAGUGUUGAGGCCUGGUGGAACUGUCCUACUUCACCAGAGAUUUAAAUCUGCAACUGGGAAAAUGUUUGAGCGCAAAUUGCUUGUAGCAGGGUUCUUAGAUGUUCAGAUUUUUCCAGUGAAGCCGGUUUCACAAUCUGAAGCAUUAGACUCUCUUGGCAUUAGAGCAACAAAGUCUUCUUGGAAGGCUGGUUCAUCCUUUGCUCUCAAGAAGAAGCCUGCAAAAAGCUUGCCGAAGGUCCAGAUUAAUGAUGAUAUGGAUUUGAUUGACGAGGAUAGCCUUUUGACUGAAGAGGAUUUGAAGAAACCCCAGUUGCCAACCAUUGGUGAUUGUGAAGUUGGAAGUACAAGGAAAGCGUGCAAAAAUUGCACUUGCGGAAGGGCCGAGGAGGAGGAGAAAGUACAGAAGCUAGGACCGACUAUGGACCAGCUGGACAAUCCUCAAUCGGCAUGUGGCAGUUGUGGACUAGGUGAUGCUUUUCGGUGCAGUACAUGCCCUUACAAGGGUCUCCCUCCUUUCAAACUUGGUGAGAAGGUUACUUUGUCGGGAAACUUUCUUACUGCUGACAUCUAAGAGAAUGAAUCAUCCGAGGUACAGGAUUAUCAGAGAUUACCUGCAUCUAAGAGGUUUAACCAAGUAGCUGCCUUGUGUCACUGAUUUUUUUGGUGUUGUUCGUGGUUUCUCGUUUCUUGCUCCGCUUCUAGGACUCAACACAGUGUCCCCAUUCGAUGGGAUAUGGGCGGGGGAGUAUUAAGUAGCUUUCGCAAGGAAAUUGAUCCUGACAGUGAUAGCAGAGUACUCUUGUGAGAAUAACUAGUUUUUGUUUGUUUAAAAAUUACUAGUGGACUGAAGUUUCAUGUUAGAGAACAAGUAGUUUUUCUUCUUGAUUUUGCAGCUUACAAGGGGGUGAAAAGAUGGAUUUGUUUAUGAGAAAUCUGAAAGUUGAAUAUUAUGCUUUCACGCAA